AUGGGCGCUACAUCGCAAAAGGACCCCGAGCUCCUUGACCUCGCUCGGACCCUCGAGAACACGCCGUGGUGCGAAAACUACGAGCUCAUGGUCUCGGGCAUGAUGUACAACCCCGUCGACCCCGUUCUUGUCGAGGGCCGCCACCGCGGACGCCGCCUCGCGCGCGAGUUCAACGACCUCGACCACCGCGAGCACACGGUGGACGGAAUCAGCGAGAAGAAGACCGAGGUCCUGCAGCGCAUGCUCGGGGCCGUCGGCACGGGGACCUAUAUCGAGGCGCCCCUGUUCGUCGACUACGGGUGCAACGUCGUCUUUGGCAAGAACUGCUUCGCCAACUUCAAGUACGUCCACCUCGUCGUCGUGAAAUUUCGGGAGCACUUUGUGGACCAUCACCGACUGACCUGGCCUCCCCCCCACCCCUCCUACAGCCUGACAAUCCUCGACGUGAGUCUCGUCAUCAUCGGCGACCGCGUCCAGUUCGGGCCCAACGUGAGCAUAUACUGCGCCGGCCACGACACGAGCGUGCUCUCGCGCAUCAAGUUCGUCGAGUACGGCCUCCCCGUGCGCAUCGAGGACGACUGUUGGAUCGGCGGCGGCACGAUCAUUCUUCCAGGUGUCACCAUCGGCCGGGGCACCACCGUCGGGUCAGGUGCUGUCGUGACCAAGAGCCUGCCGCCGUACUCGGUCGCCGUUGGCAGCCCCGCCCGGGUCAUCAAGACGCUGCAGACCGUCGAGGAGGAGCUGGCGGACCCGGCGAAUCCGUACCGGGACUUGCCUGGGAACUUGCCCGAUAGGGAAUGA